AUGAAUAGUCGUAUAACAAACAUUAUUCUACCCAUUGUAGCUGGUAUUAUCUAUAUAUGUUUUGAUUUUCUUUACAUUUAUUUAUCGAAAACUCGUUAUGAACAAGUUGUUCAAAAUAUUCAAAAGGAUGAAAUGCAAAUUGAUGUUGUGGCAGCAUUUAUUUGUUAUGCAAUCAUGGCUCUUGGAUGGUAUUUUAUUGCCGUACAAUUAGCUUUUGCUUAUUUCGAUACACUUAAACAACGUAGACCAUCAUGGACACCAUUAUCAAUAAGUGUUUUAAGUGGACUUGUAUCUGGUCUUCUCUACGGAUUUGUUGUUUAUGGUGUAUAUAAUUGCACAACACGUGCAAUAUUUUCGAGUCGUUAUCCCGUUUCAAUCCUUGUACAAGAUAUGGCAUGGGGUUCACUUUAUAAUAUGGUUUAUACAAGCAUCUAUAUGAUGAUUUGGCAUAGACUUAGUAGCCCAGUCGAUAUAUAA